AUGGUGGGAAGACGAGCAUUCCACCAGCCAGACACACCACGCGAACACAUUGAUGGCAUUGGCAAUGGCGACCUUGAAUCCGGGCCAAAGAGGCGGUUUCCUCGCUUCAAGGAUGCCGUUGACUUUGCCAUGGACGAGCGCACCUCCAAGGCCAUAAAGAAGCAGAUACUUGAUGGCAUUGACAAAGAAACCUGGGAGCAUUUCCGCAAGAGUGAUGAAGAAAUCAGCGAGAUUAAGAGCAAGAAAGUCCGUCACUACUAUAAGGAGCAGAACGGUCGCUUGAAUGACUGGCUGGAAGUGGACACCAUCGUGAAAGCUAUGGCUGAGGAUGUCAUGGACAGCAUGAAUCCUGAUGCAGAUAGGGAUGGUGUUCGAGAGAGGUCGGGUGGUCUUCAAAACGUCGAGGAGCGCGUCGAGGAAUUGUUGCCCGACCGUAUCCAAAACGACCGUGCUCAAGCUGUUCGCAAAGCAACAUGGGCCAUUAACAUCAAUGUCAUCGCCAAUAUCAUCCUCCUUGCCGCCAAGGGCAUCGCAGCGCUGCAGUCAUCUUCACUCUCUCUGAUCGCUUCCUUGCUGGACUCGGCCCUGGAUUUGCUGUGUACAGUUAUCGUUUGGAGUACGGAUAAACUUGUCUCAUGGCGAUUAGACUCACUGGCUCGACGCUUCCCCGUUGGUAGACGACGCCUAGAGCCACUGGGUAUCCUGGUAUUUUCCAUCAUCAUGGUCAUCUCAUUUUUGCAGAUCUUGCAGGAAUCGGUGUCGAAGCUGCUGCCCAGCGGCGAUCAUGCCAUCGCCACAUUGCCCGCGGUCGCAAUUGCCUCUAUGGCAGGCACCGUCAUCUUGAAGGGAAUCAUCGGCCUCGGCUGCAUGAGGAUCAAGACCACACAGGUGCAAGCGUUGGCGCAAGACUGCAAAACGGAUGUUUACUUCAACACGCUGUCGCUCCUGUUCCCGCUCAUUGGCAGGGCUGCCGGAGUCUGGUGGCUGGAUCCCGCUGGUGCCGCAAUCCUCUCAUUGUACAUCAUCUACGACUGGGCUGAUACCUGCUUGGAGAAUGUCACUCGGCUGUGUGGAACUGCGGUUGACGAUCGCCUCGGUAAAAAGCUCACAUACUUGGCCUACCGUUUUGCGCCUGUGGUCAUGGGCUUCAAGUCGAUCAAGGCGUACCAUGCAGGGGACGGUGUCUGGGUGGAAUAUGAUGUGCUAUUAGACGAGAAGACGCCGCUGCGGAGAAGUCACGACAUAUCCGAAACAUUGCAGUACUGCGCCGAGGCGUUGACCGAGGUUGAUCGUUGCUUUGUUACUACAGACUAUUCGGCAGAAAAUCCUGAAGGUCACACGGCUCUAUGA